AUGUCGUCCCUACGGCCUGCACAUAUUGUGUUGAACCCGUACUUCUAUCCGGCGGGCAAUUCACCAGCCGUGUGCCUGACCCAAGAUGUUCCGCCCGAGAGAGAUGCUGCUCUGCUUCUGCUGGGUUGCGGCGACAUCCGUAACAUCUUGUUCACCAUCUAUAGCGGUUCGGGUACAGACAACCGCCGCCUCGAUUUCACUUGUUGCGACCUAGAAGCCGAGAUAAUCGCUCGCAAUGCGCUCUUGCUUACCUCUAUACUUGACGAUCCGACCGGCGAUCACACGCAGCAGUUGUGGAACAUCUACUAUCAUAACUUCCUCGACUCAGCGUCCGCAAGUCUGCUACAGACUCAGGCUGCCAAACUGGUCGCUCAGGCUCAAUCACCCGAAGCUUGGGAAACCGGCUCUUAUGCGCAGUUUGUCGAGUUCGGCGACAGCACCACGUUCGCGAAGGUCCUCGAGCUCUGGAAAACAUACGCUACACCGCCGGCGGACAAGAAGCAGCACAUACAACUACAAGCAAAGUUGAGAGCGCAGUGGCGCGCCGCGAAGAAGUGGCAAGAAAUCAAAGUCGAGCCUCACGCAUUGCAACUCACUGGCGGCCGAUCGUUUGCUCCCGUCCUUCAAGAAGCACCAGCCGCACUAAACAAGACGUAUCGUACAUACUGGCGAACUGGGACUUGUCUGGAGAACGAGGAGAUGACCAGUCAACUGACCAUCGCGAAUCCGAUGUUCAUGUGCCUUCGCGACGGCCUUCAGCUUCACUAUGGAACCAGCCCACUACUAGGGUUUCAUCAUGCUGCAGCUUAUACCCGACUAUCCACCGAAUCGCCGUUGAAAACAAGCGAAGCAGAUAUCAAAGAAAUGCCCAAACCUAUGGCCUCUGCGCUAACGCAAUUUUCCGAAUGGUGUAAGGCCUUCCGCCUCACCGCGACGAGGGUCAAAGUUCGUUAUGUCUACUCCGAGGCCAUCGCGUUCUGUCAUGUUCUACGCCAUCAGCAGCUACACGGAGGGGCACGAAGUGCCAACUGGUACCGCAACAAUUGGGGUUACGACCGAUUGGAGCUUGACGCCACGUGUUACGGCCCGCGCGGGAAUGCUCCGACAGCAUUCGAUGUUAUCGACACAUCCAAUCUCACAGACCACCUCGGUAUACUCAACGUACUUGCUGCUGCUGGUCCUCUCCUUGUCAGCAGACUGGCUGCCACUAUCAGAACGGAAGUUUUCAUCCCACCAGAGACUACAGCCUCUGAAUCGGCUAAAGCACUGCUAAGCGGCGAUCUACCCACCGUUGCACUUCUGCUUGGUCUGAAGCCCGUACAUUUCUGGUCCGACGCCACCGCUUCAUGGCAUGUCAACGACUCCAUCGAACUAGACUCAAUUCAUGCUGCAGCCAUGGUUAGCUCUAUGUCUAGACAAAUCAUCCUCUGGGGGCCUACAGAAACAACUAGGGUCGAGUGGAUAGCGCCGAGCCUUGCCGAUUUUGUCUUCAAAAUGUAUCACACCAUGUUUCAAGACGAGAACCUACAUAGUCUGCUUGGUUUACUCAACACGGGAUCCGAAGGUAUGCUUGCCCGCAAGCUUCAUACAUACGAGAUGUAUUCGCGAGCAAGUUUGGCAGUUAUUCUACUGCAUAUCAAGAACUCGGGAGUUGUCGAAUGGCGUCCUUUCAUUGAAGGAUUUCUCGACAUGGUGAUUCAAGACAGAACACUUAUGUUGGGUGGACAUUCCUAUCAAUCACUUCUGGUGUAUAUCCAAAUGCUUGGUCUGGCUGAUCUCGCAACGUUUGCUCAUUGGCAUCCGGUUUACUACCAAAAAGAACUACAGAAGGGCCCAUUACGAAAUUGGAGUACUAUCCCACCAACAGUAUGCGUCACAAUGGCCGUACCACAUAGUGCGGUUGCGAUGUUCGCAGAUCUCUUAAAUGGAUGUGGUACGCCGCAGUGCCACAUCAUGACACAAACCUCUUUGUCGGCGAAGCAGAAUGUCUAUCCUGAUAUUCAACUCGGUUUUGGCACGAUCACAACUUCGGGUACAAAAUUCACAGAUGAUUACACGUUGAGCAUCAAAGACGAUUCGCAGGGCUGGUCAGGCAAAGCACCGCUGAUCGUUUCGACCAUGGUAUCUACACUUGGACUGGUAUUCGAAGGCGAUCCAGCUUGCGAAGUUAAGCUUUGCUUAAAGAUUGGAGCUAUAGAGGAGGUCAAAUCCGGACUAGAUGGCGAAUUCUCAAUCACCGUGAAACCUGCAUUGGACUCUACUGGCAGCAGGGUAUCCACCCUCGCAGUGCACUUCAAGACCUUAUCAGCCAAAGCCACAGCAUUCUUGCAGAGUGGAGGCUCCGUAGAUGUACAGUUGCGAGACCCUUUCAAUCUAGUAUUGAAGGUCUACAGCGGAGAUGAUCUGUGUCAGGAGACAGUCCAACUUCCGAUGCCCCUGGAGUCAUGUCAAGGUCAGACCAAGAUUGCUCGGAAGUCUAUGUGGAUUGAGUACUCGGCACCCGUCGCAGACUCAACAUCCUUAUCUACACAACCAAAUGCGCUGUUUCCGUUGCGAAAACACCCAAGGUCAUCUACGGUUGAGCUAGAACAACUUCAUUACGUAUGCCCCGAUGUCCUACCUGUUCUCCAUAUCGACACCAAAGGCCCGCAUGCUAUGUGGCUAAAAUGGCUUACAUCUGGCAAUGCUACCAUGUCGGUUUCAGAGCUCGACCUAUCCAGGAAGCUCCAAAAGAGGGGCGAAGCGCCACUUGGGCGUAUGGGAGUCAAGGAUCGGAUCUUCCAGAUGAUCUCACAAUUCGCGGACCUCAACAGCACCGCCCGAUGCUCUAAUUUCCGUAUUGAGGAUGCCCAUGGCACUGUCGCGAUCGUCAUGGUCCAUGCCAUUCGUAUGGAUUUGUCUAACCAGACUGUCUUUUUGGACGCUGCGGUCAUUGCGAUGCUCAACACCUUACCCAAGGAGUGUACAGCAGCCGUAGAGGGGUUAGCUGAUAUGGAUAUGGUUGGCUUCAAAGUCUCUGAUCAAGAGGCCCUGUUCUGGAAGCAUCUCCUACCAGCGUUCGCGGAGCGGUGUCGCCAGUGGCAGCACAAGCCUUCGUGCGAGUACAAGCAACAAGACAUGGUUCCGAUCUGUACUGUGCCAGGAGAGAGCUUCAUGUGCAGUUGUGGGUUAGGCACCUUCCCUGACGGCUAUCUGGAGAAUCUUGAAGCUUUCAAAUCUCUAGCACGGUUCUCCGUCCGUGUCGCCAUUCCCGUCAUCUUUCCUUCUCCCGUCAGCCGAGAUAGCUCUGCACCAGGUCUGCCAACAAACAUCAACGAGCCGAGCCAUCCGAAGCAGGACUGCUGCAACGUAUGCAGUGCGCGCAAGUCAAGUGAUGGAAAGCCGUUGCAACAGUGUGCGGGCUGCAAGAUAGCGCUGUACUGCUCCUCGACAUGCCAGAAGAAAGAUUGGAAGAAGGGCCACAAGCAAUUGUGCUCACAGUUGAAAGAGGACUAG